GCCAGAAACCAGAAGAAAAACCCUAGCGAACUCUAGCAUAAGCGGCACCUUCAUUUCUCACAGAGAAUCCAAAAAUGAAGUUCAAUCCACGAGUAUCGAGCAGCCGCCGCAAGAGCCGCAAGGCUCAUUUCACGGCGCCCUCCAGCCUCCGCCGUGUCCUCAUGAGCGCGCCUCUCUCCGCCGACCUCCGCGCCAAAUACAACGUCCGCUCCAUGCCGGUGAGGAAAGACGACGAAGUCCAGGUCGUUCGCGGCACCUUCAAAGGCCGUGAAGGUAAGGUGACGCAGGUGUACAGGCGCAAGUGGGUGAUUCACAUCGAGCGCAUCACGAGGGAGAAGGUGAAUGGAUCUACUGUGAACGUUGGGGUUAACCCUUCGAAGGUUGUUAUCACGAAGCUGAGACUUGAUAAGGAUAGGAAAUCGCUGCUUGAUAGGAAGGCGAAGGGACGUGCUGCUGCUGAUAAGGAGAAGGGGACUAAGUUUGCGACGGAGGAUAUUAUGCAGACUAUUGAUUAGUCUCUCUCUUUUGAGUAAUUCUGCUUUUUGUUUUAAAUUUUGGUAUUAGAAAAUUAUUAUAUCAAACUUCUGAGGUUGUUAAAUUUGUUCUUGUUGACAAUUUGUUCUGUUAAAUUUGCCAUGUUAAUCAAACUUUUUGAUUUAUCUA